UAUGCGCACACACACAAGUCUCAACUCUCAAGAAUAUGGGAUUCCAUUGUAGCAAUAGCUAGAGAAUUGGAUUCUACUUUUGUCCUAAUUCUAUCGGUUUUAGUCAUAUGUUCAACACUGACAUCUAUAUAUAUUUUUAUCCACGCUUAAAAUUCGACUUCCAUCAGCCACUUGACCCUCUUGAUCAGUAGAGUCUUUCAACUACACCAUUUAAGCUCGAUUGAUCAGUUUUAUUAGCUGCCGCUGCAUUUCGGGUUCCUCCUGUUGAUCUCUCCCUCUUCUUCUCUCUUCUUCUCUCUCUCUCUUGAUUAACCAGUCUAAUCAUAAUCAAGUACUAUGAGUGUGAGAAUCUUCAGGUUGAUUAAGUAGCAAAUAAGCAGUGUGUGUCCGGAGAACCGGUUCCAUGCUCGUAAGAGCGAAUUGUCAGCAAGUACUAGCACAACUUUUAUUUUUUGGACUGAUAAAAUAUAUAAUAUGCAUAUGCAUGGUUCGUAAUAACAGCUAGCUAGAGAAGCAAAUUGAAGUAGCUGCUUUUAACUUCUGAGACAGACACUUGAAGAAGGAAGCAUGAUGAAUGCAUUAGUGGCAACGAACAGAAACUUUAAGUUGGCUGCUCGGCUUUUAGGAUUGGACUCCAAGCUUGAGAAAAGUUUACUUAUACCAUUUAGGGAAAUCAAGGUUGAGUGUACUAUACCGAAAGACGAUGGUAGUUUGGCUUCAUUUGUUGGCUUCAGGGUUCAACAUGACAAUGCUAGAGGCCCCAUGAAGGGAGGAAUCAGAUAUCACCCGGAGGUUGAUCCAGAUGAGGUGAAUGCUUUAGCACAGCUGAUGACAUGGAAGACGGCAGUAGCCAACAUCCCAUAUGGGGGUGCCAAAGGGGGUAUAGGAUGUAAUCCAGGGGAGUUGAGUCUUUCCGAACUAGAGCGACUCACCAGAGUUUUCACACAAAAGAUACACGAUCUUAUCGGAAUUCACACCGAUGUUCCAGCACCAGAUAUGGGGACAGGUCCACAGACCAUGGCAUGGAUACUAGAUGAGUACUCAAAGUUUCAUGGCUACUCACCUGCAGUAGUGACUGGAAAACCUAUUGAUCUUGGUGGAUCACUAGGAAGAGACGCAGCAACCGGAAGAGGAGUACUUUUUGCGACUGAGGCUUUACUCAAUGAGUAUGGAAAGAGCAUCUCUGGGCAACGGUUUGUUAUACAGGGUUUCGGGAACGUAGGCUCGUGGGCUGCCCAGCUAAUCCAUGAGAGUGGUGGCAAAAUAGUUGCAGUGAGUGACAUCACUGGAGCCCUAAAGAACAGCGAAGGAAUUGACAUUCCAAGCCUGGUCAAGCAUGUCAAGGACAACAGGGGAGUCAAGGGCUUCCAUGGUGGGGAUCCAAUAGAACCCUGCUCAAUCUUGGUUGAAGACUGUGACAUUCUCAUUCCAGCAGCCCUAGGAGGUGUCAUCAACAAGGAAAAUGCAAAUGACAUAAAGGCUAAGUUUAUAAUCGAAGCGGCUAAUCAUCCCACUGACCCUGAGGCUGAUGAGAUCCUGUCAAAGAAGGGUGUUGUAAUUCUUCCUGAUAUAUAUGCAAACUCUGGAGGAGUUACUGUUAGUUACUUUGAGUGGGUGCAGAACAUUCAAGGAUUCUUGUGGGAUGAAGAGAAGGUGAACAAUGAGCUCAAGACAUACAUGACCAAAGGCUUCAAAGGUGUGAAGGAGAUGUGCAAAACCCAUAACUGCGACCUCCGGAUGGGAGCCUUCACGCUCGGAGUUAACCGCGUUGCAAGGGCGACUGUCCUCAGAGGGUGGGAGGCCUGAGGCUGAACCCGAGCCCGAGACACUGAAUAAAGAUGAGGGAUCUCUGAUGAGACUCCGUUUCGUUUUUACUUAUUUGGUAUUUUGAUACCGUACGUACGUCGCAUUUAAAUAACUUCACCUGCCAUUGCUGUUGCCUCCCAAUUGGCAACAUAGCAAGUAGUUAAUUUGUUUGCUACUUGCCACUGGCUGAACUACCUUGAGUGACUUGUGUAAACUCAUAUAUUACAAUUUAAAAUAAUGCCUCGUAUCUCUUUCUUGUA